GGGGCGCUGCCGGAGGCCUCCGGCGCGGGCGCCCAGCUCCAGGCGGGAGCUGGGGCGCGGGGCGGGGCGGGGCCUUGUGACCGUCCGGGGCCGCCCCUGACGCCGCUGGCCGCUGCGAGAGUCGCGGUCGUUGCGGCGGGUGCGACCGGCGGCCUCUGCAGUUGCGCUCCCGGCCUCGCCUCCUUGGUGGCUCCGGCCUCAGCCGCCCUUACAGCCCUCGGCGUCGCCGCUGGCGCCGCCACCCGACCCGCAGGCCGCCGCGGGCCACGGAGCCCAUGAGGGCGCGGGCCCCGCCGCCGCGUCCGCGGCGUCGUCGUCGUCCCGGAGCACCCCGAGCCGGCGCGGGCAUGGCCGCGGCAUGAGCGCGGAGCCGCCGCCGGAGCCGGAGGACGCGGCGGCGUCGGAGCCCGCGGCGGGAGCCAUGCCAGAGAAGCGCCCGGGCGCGCAGGCCGCCGGCGGCCUCUCGCUACAGGGCUUUGGCCGACCAAGUGUAUACCAUGCUGCUAUUGUCAUCUUCCUAGAAUUCUUUGCGUGGGGCUUGUUGACAACUCCAAUGUUAACUGUUCUACAUGAAACAUUUCCUCAACACACAUUCCUCAUGAAUGGUCUCAUUCAAGGUGUAAAGGGCCUGCUAUCUUUUCUGAGUGCCCCCCUCAUAGGCGCUCUGUCUGAUGUGUGGGGGAGGAAACCCUUUCUCCUGGGCACCGUCUUCUUCACCUGCUUCCCAAUUCCACUGAUGAGGAUCAGCCCAUGGUGGUAUUUUGCGAUGAUUUCUGUGUCUGGAGUCUUCUCGGUCACAUUCUCUGUGAUAUUUGCUUAUGUAGCUGAUGUCACUCAGGAACAUGAGCGAAGCACUGCUUAUGGAUGGGUGUCAGCCACCUUUGCAGCAAGUCUGGUGAGCAGCCCGGCCAUUGGAGCAUACCUUUCAGCCAGUUACGGAGACAGCCUUGUUGUGCUGGUGGCCACAGUGGUGGCUGUUCUGGACAUCUGCUUCAUCUUAUUGGCUGUUCCAGAAUCUCUGCCAGAGAAAAUGAGGCCGCUUUCCUGGGGAGCUAAGAUUUCUUGGAAACAAGCAGACCCUUUUGCGUCACUGAAGAAAGUUGGAAAAGAUUCUACUGUCUUACUAAUUUGCAUCACCGUGUUUCUUUCAUACCUUCCUGAAGCUGGACAGUAUUCAAGUUUUUUUCUCUAUCUCAGACAGGUCAUCGGUUUUGGAUCUGUUAAGAUUGCGGCAUUCAUAGCUAUGGUAGGAAUUCUGUCUAUUGUGGCUCAGACAGUCUUUCUUACCAUCUUGAUGAGAUCGUUGGGGAAUAAGAAUACCGUCCUCCUUGGCUUGGGCUUCCAGAUGUUCCAGUUAGCCUGGUAUGGUUUUGGAUCUCAGGCCUGGAUGAUGUGGGCAGCGGGGACGGUGGCCGCCAUGUCCAGCAUCACAUUUCCUGCAGUCAGCGCCCUUGUCUCUCGGAACGCAGAGUCAGAUCAGCAAGGAGUUGCCCAGGGGAUCAUAACUGGAAUAAGAGGACUGUGUAAUGGCCUGGGGCCAGCACUCUAUGGCUUCAUAUUCUACAUGUUCCAUGUGGAACUGACUGAGUUGGAACCGGAAUUGAAUUCUGAUAAUACUGCCUUGCAGGGAGCUGUCAUCCCAGGCCCGCCGUUUUUAUUUGGGGCAUGUAUCGUUCUUAUGUCUUUCCUGGUUGCCUUAUUCAUCCCUGAAUAUAGUAAAGGCAGUGGAAUUCAAAAACACAGCAACAGCAUCAGCGGCAGCCUGACCGACAUGCCAGAGCGGGGCAGUGACGAGGACAUUGAGCCACUGCUGCAAGACAGCAGCAUCUGGGAGCUCUCUUCUUUCGAGGAGUCUGGGAAUCAGUGCACCGAGCUGUAGACUGGGCAGAAAGGAGGCUUCUGCAGAUGCCGUCUCUAAGAGCCACGGGGAGCCACACCACAUAGGAGAUUUCAUGGUGCUGGAGGGAAGAUAUUAGCGGCAUCCUUCAGGGCCAGGUUUGAGAAGUGAGUCCCUCCACCCUUCUGCCUCCUUCCUCCUCCUGGUUCUUUUCUUCUUUUUGUUUGUACAUGAGAACAAGAUUUGAAGUACUUUCCUGCAGAGAGUAUUGCAGCUCUCAAAGUCAUCUGGAGUCCACACUUCAAAACUUAAAUAGAAAGAUUUUGUAUCUGUGGUAGGAAGGCUGGCUUUCCUUGAGUAAUUCUGGAGUGAUAGCAGUCUUUCCAUCUCCCUUUCCGUGGAAGGUCCAGGGUGGUGUGGACAAGAGUUGAGGUGAAAAGUCCCUUCUUAUUUUCUUCCUUCCUGUUUCUCUGAUCCUUGCCCGCUUAGCCCACAGGUGUUCGUGAGUGGCCACUCCAAGAGUCACUCAGUUUCAGGGAUCUCUUGCCUUUGUUCAAAGGUGAAACAAAAACCCAAGUCUUAUUCUCCUUUUCCUUCUACUUCCUAUUCUUGGCUAGAAUGAAAUUGAGCAUAUAAACCUCUGGACAUUAUUGAUACUGAUCAGUGAUAACCUUUACUAGAUACAGGAAAAUUUUCUUAAAAAUUUAAAUUAUGAAGAACUAGCAACUCAGAUUGCUAGUGUUUGGGUCAGAUCCAAGGUGAUUUUACAGAAGAAAAAUACACAUCAAGUAGUCUGGUGGCAACACAGAAAUUGAAGGAAGCUUCUAAGAAAGUUUUUGACAAUAUAAAUAUUACUAAGUGAGGAUGAGAAUUAGUGACUGCAUACCGGUAGAGUUUAUAUCCAAGUUCAGACCAUAGAACGUAUUAUUACCAUCUGCUCCUUGCUGCAUCUUCUGUGUUUGUCUUCUGAGUUUUCCUCAUUCAUCACACUCCUGCCUUAACUGCUCUGUAGUGUGCAUUUGUUUCCAGUCAGUAUUUCCAUCUGUUUAUCUGACUUUCGAAUCUCAUGGGAAUAUGCACAUUAAAUUCUUUUCUAAAACAUGGUGGUUUAGGAAGCUCAGUUUCAGAAAUAAGUGUCUUGCUAAUUUUUCGAGAUGUUUUAUGGACAGAAAAAUUUACAGAUUUAUAUGUAUUUUGCUGCACCAGUAAAUGGACCAUUAACUAGGGCCCACCCACCUUUAACAGAGCACUCCUCUGAAAGUUUUAUAGGUAUGAAAUAUAUGUAGAUAUUUGUAAGGAGUUUUAAAUUUUUUUUUGAUGGGGUGCUGUGUAAAUCUUGUAUUUAUAAAUGUAAUGAAGGUGUUGACAGAAAAAUAUAUAUACAUUUUUUAUAAGGAUUGUGUACUGACUGAAUACAUUUAAAAGAAAAUAUAUUUUGAAACCUGUUCUGCUAUGAACAGAUAACAUAUCUUUUUACUAUGCUGUUGGUUUUUAAGUUAAGCUUCCUAAUGCAUAAUAAAUUUGCAAUGGAUACUUUUA